UGACUGUUUGAGAGUGACAUACCCCUGCGGCCACGCUUGCCAAAGCAGUCGUCUCACAUUUAAGGGGCCUAUUUUCCCCUUUUGUUUCGUUCUAAUAUUGCUGUAAUUACCUUAUUAACCUAACAGCACCAAUAAAUCUAUAUACAAAAUUGAAAAUGGCCGAUUUGGACGAUUUCUUCGCAAAGAAAGAUCGUAAAAAGUCGAAAGUGAAAAAGUUCGCGACAGCAGAUGAGUUAGCUAAAAAGUUGGAGGAUACCAAACAGAAAACUGAAACUCGGCCGAAAAAGGAGCGGCCGGUACAGGAAGGUGACGAUGCGGGAAGAGCCGGGGAGGAAGAAGAAUGGAAGGAAUAUCAGGAACCAGUAAAGGACUACACCGGCUUGAAGAUCCAAGUGCUGCAGGGAGGCAACGGCGCACCGGAGACCGGCCGCGAUUCGUCGUCCGAGGACACCGCGCCUGAGGGUGGCAAGGUUAAGGGACCUUGGAAUAAGCCUCAGGUGGACGCGGAGCAGGCCCCGCCGCCGUCGCCACCAGUGGAGGAGAAGCCGCGCGAGAGCAAGCCGGCGGCGUACGUGCCACCGUCAUCACGCGUGCGCGCCCCCGAGGCCUCCCAGCGACGCAACCAGGUGGGCAAGCACGCGCCAGACAUCCACAACGACGACUACUUCCCGGUGCUGGGCGCGACGGGCAAGCGCGGCGGCGGCUGGAGCACGGCGGGCGGCGGCGCGCCCCCCAGCCGCCCCACCGGCGCGCGCCAGACCCUCGCGCUCGGCAACCGGUUCACCUCGCUGCAGGACGACAGCUAGCCAGGUACCAUCAAACAGCACCGCGGAACACACCAGUAAAGUGAAGUGUUGAUAAGGACUUAGCUAAGCCUGGCGCGUACAUACAUAAACAUACAUAAAUUCUACAUAUAAAUACAAACAAUACAGUGAACUCUCACUCAGCUGCCGUACGAUCUUGCGAAUGGCGGAACCAGACAGUUGCUAUAAUAAAAAAAUAGAAAUUGAUAAAGACAUUUCACUGAGUGCAACAAACGUGUGGAUAGAUAAACAUGUUUCCGGCCAGUAAAACGUCGAUUUAAUUUUAGACGCGCAGUCUAAAUGUUUAAGGACAAUAAAGUAAUGCCUAAAUCGAUUUUUGACGUGGAGUGUUUAAUAAUUCUAUGACAAUGUUUUUGUACCUGACAAAAUUUACAAGAAUCUUUUGUCAUUGUACUAUGCUAAUGUAAGCUUUUCGGUCAUCCCCAGUCGUAUAUUUUGCAAGUGUGGCUGAAUAAAAAGUCAACUAGUAGUUUUUAAUUUGUAAAAAAUGGCAACACCAAUAAAAAUGGCAACUGUCUUGAGGUAAAAAAGUGUAAAAUCAUAGAAAAUGAAUGUGUGAGUUUUAUUUUUUAUGUUUUAUAUUAAAAACGGUGUUAUGUAUGAGUGGAAUGGACUUUAGGGACAAAUCGGUGAAAUUAUAAUUAUUUAUAGAAAAGAAAAAAUAAAGCAGUUAUGUAUUAUAUGCCAAGCAGGGCACAUUAGACAUAUAUAUUGAGUUGAAAUAGCUGAUUAAAUAUCUAUGUACAUUUCGUUGUAACGGUAAGAAAUUCUGUAUCGGCGAGAAUCAUUCAAAAACAUGUUGUACCAUACUAAUAAAUUAUGUAUUUAAACUC